AUGACGACGCCUGUUGAGAGCUUGCCAGAAUCAAAACUAGGCACAAAAGAACACUGGGAUAGUGUUUACGCUCGUGAAGUAGCUACAUACGAAGAGAUUGGGGAUGAAGGCGAAGUAUGGUUUGGCGAAGACAGUGUAGAGCGAAUGGUGCAGUUCCUCGCGGAAUGGAUGCAGGAUGAGCACCUACAGUCCUCGCCAUAUGUAUUGGACUUGGGAACAGGAAAUGGACAUUUACUUUUCGCCCUCCUAGAAGCACAGCAAGAAGAAGACAUUGAAGAAGGCACGCUUGACGCAACACGUAUGCUGGGUGUCGAUUAUUCCCCUGCAUCGAUUCAGCUAGCACAAGCGAUUGGUCAAAAGCGUGGACCUGAAUAUGAGAGUGUCCGAUUUGAAGAGGCUGAUCUUCGUGACGAUGCCUGCGUCAAAAGGCUACGGGAGAAAGCGAACCACAAACAAGGCUGGGAUAUUGUUUGUGACAAGGGCACGAAGUAUGAUGCAAUCGCACUUUCCUCGCAACCUAUUCACGACAAACUUCCAGUCGACCUUUACGUGGAAGCUGUGCAAGAAUUGACCAAGUCGCCGACCGGAGAUCACCGAGGUGGCCUAUUUUUCAUUACAAGCUGCAAUUUCACAGAACAAGAACUAACAGCCAAGUUUGGGCCUGCAGGUUUCGAAGUCGAGCAUGUUGUGCCAACACCUUCUUUCACAUUUGGUGGCCAAAAGGGUGCCGUUGUGACUACAAUUGCCUUCCGCCAUGUCCAAUAG